AUGAAACCGUCCGCCGCUACCGCAACCUCCACGGCCACCGUUCAUCUUCCUCGCGAGAUCCGUCGCCGCCCUCAUCAUCAACAGCUGCCGCCACUACCGUGCCGCCGUCAACCACCAAGGUCGCCGCCAUCAAACCCGCGAGCUCCUCCUCCAUUCGCAAAAUGGCCGCCGCCUUCGAAACCCCCUAAUCUGGCCACCACAGCGCCUCAACCAUGGCAGUUUCUCCCUCGCCGUCAUCUCCUUCUUCAUUGCGAAGCCGCCAUCCGCGAGAGGCCACCAUCCUCAUCCUCGUCGCGACAACGCACAUCACCAUCUUCCUCGCUCUACCAGAAUCGCGAGUUCGUCUUCGCAUCUCCACAGAAAUCGCGGAUCCCUAGCCGCCGCUCUACCACGAGUUCCAUCCUCCUCAACACACCACGAUUCACGCUUCUCACCAUCUCCACAGCACCGCCUCGGUCUCGUCAUCACCACCAUCGCGAGACCUAUUCGCUGCUAUCUCCUCCAUUGACGCAACCAUCAACACCAACACAACGCUUCCAUCGUCCGCGAGCAUCUCCUCCAAGCCAGCAUCCAAAAAGGCCACCACCUGCACUCAGAAAAUCCAAACAGCGAAACCCUCAACGCGCUACUCUUCGAUUCGCGGCGCAGGCAGAGGCGGAGGGCGAAGCCCUUUUCCCCAAUUUGCUGAAACCCUAA